AUGCAAAUAUAACCUCAUUUAGUUCUGUAAACUAUCAAAGAUGUCAACUAAAGUUUAGUUGAUGACAACUUGGUUGAGACUGAUAGAAUUGGAGCAGGUGCUUUCUUCUGGGCUUUGCCUUCAAAAGGCUACUAAUCAAGAUAAAACCUAAUUGACAAUAUCACAAAUCAUUAGUAGACUCUUGAUAAGGAUAUAGAGGAAAUUGAGGCUAAAAUUUAAAUGGAGAAAAACAGUAGAAUCUCCAAUGACGGUGAGAGGGAGUAGAUGAUGAAAGAACUGGAAGAACUUAGAAAAGAUAACUAAUAAGUAGUAGCAAAACUCAAGCUCUAUGAGAAAUGCGAUCCAGAAAAACUAAAGGAGAUCAAUGAGAACAAAAAGAAAUGCCACUAAGGCAUGGUAAGGUGGACUGAUAAUUUGUAUGAGAUAGAAAACUGGAUAAAGAAAAAUAAUGCUGCUAUGACUGGUGAGGAAAUUUAUCAGGCAUUUCCUAUUCUCAGAGACUUAGACUAUUUGGAAUGA